AUGUCGACGAAUUAUAAUGACGGGUAUUCGUCAUCUGAUGAAGAUAUUGGACAAGGACCAAAACACCCAAUGUUUCAUGUUCAAUUACCUACAACUAGAUUAAAUUUAGAAGAAGUAAGAAAACAAAAUCAUAUGAAACAUGAAAAACCAGCUAUUGUUAAAACAACUGCUAAUAAUUUUGCAAAAGCUAAAAAAAUAACCACAGGGACAAAUAAAAAUUUUGGUAGAAAUAUUCCAAUUAAUUCAAGAACUAAAAAUCCUGAAUUUACAAAAAGCUUUAUUCCUUCAAGAAAUAAACAAAAUGAUGAUAGCGAUGAAGAUGAAAAUGGUGGCGAUCGAUUAAAGAAUAAUAAUAAUUAUGAAAAUGAAGAAGAUGAUGAUAGUGAUGAAGAUGAAUUUAAAAUAAAUACUGAACAAGAUCAAAGAAUGAAGAAUUUUACAUUUAAUUCAGCAAAUCCUCUGCCAUUUGAUGAUAAUCAUAAAUCUUAUCAAUAUAAUCAAGACAAUUAUGAUGAGGAAGAAGAGGAUAGUGAUGAUUUGGAAGAUGAAACAAAUGUUGAUUUUUCAAAUUUAAAUCAUCAUCCACCUCAACAAUUUUAUCAAACUGAUUCUUCUGAUGAUGAUGAUGGAAGUGAGGAUGAUCGCCGAAGCAACUCAAGGAGAAGUAGUUAUCGUGGAAAUCAAGAAGAAGAUAGUGAUGAUCCAAUACAUUCAGAAUCAAGAGAUCAAGUACCUCCAAUAAUGUCAAGAAAUUCAACUCAUUCAAUUCGUUCGGGUGCUAGUUCAAGUAAAAAGAGUAUAUCUGGAAGUGGAGGUGGAAUCAAAGGAAUAUUAAGAAAAAUGUCAUUAGUUGAUAGAUAUCCUAAUGAUUCAUUAAAUCAAGAUAUUUCUCAUAAUGAUACAUUUUUAGGAAAAGUUUUAAAUUUUGGUACUAGUAAUAAUCAAAGUAUUAGUGGUGGAGGAUUAGCUCCAGGUGCAAGUAAAGUUAGUAAUGAUGAAGAAAAACGAGUUGGAUUUGAAGAUAUCAAUGAUGGUAAUGCCAUUGAAAUGCAACCAUUAAGUUUUAAUGAACUUAGUGAAGAAGCUAAAGAGUUAAUUAAUCAACAUCUUCCUGGUAUAUCUCAGAGUAUACCUACAAGUACUGAAGUGACUCCAAGUCAAACUCCUGGUACUUCUACUCCGGUAAAUGGUGACGCUGCUGCUGAUGACUACAAUCAAGAACAACACCCAUCACAUGAUAAUAGAAGAGCAAGUACUACAAGUCAAAGACAUAAGGAAAAAAAUGGUCAAUUUUAUACACCAAAUCCAGAUUUAUUUAUUAGAGGUUCUGAAGAUAUGAAUAAUCCAAAAAUUGAAGCAGAAACUGAUUUUAUGCAUAUUGAUUCAGAUGAUUAUAUAGCUCCCCCAAAACAAGUUCAAGCUGGGGUUUUAUCAUCUUUGUUAAGAUUAUAUCAAAAUCCACAAGAAGAAAAAUCUAUCAGUUCAUUAAGUAGAACAAAUACUGGUAUUUCUUCUUAUGAUGACAGUUUUGAUAAUUAUGAUGCAGGAAGUUCAAUGGUUGAUAUGAAUAAAUUCACUCUGAAUAUUAAAGAUGCUCCAAAAAAUAUGUUUAAUAAAGCUGGGAAAUUUUUAAGACAUCCUCAUCAUAAUAGAUCAGAUACUGUUGAAACUAAAAUGUCAUCGUCAAAUCUGGAUGAAAUUGAUGAGAAGUAUGAAGAUAAAGGUAGUGAUUUUGAAGAAGGUGAUGUUGAACUUGAUGGAAUGGGUCAUUUACCUUCCUUUCAAAAUGCAAAACCUAAAGUUCCUAAAAAGAAGAAUCCUGAUCCUGUUCAUAAAUUGAAAAAAUUACGUCAUAAUAAACGUAAAGGUGAAAGAUUAAGAAUAACUGUUCAUAUAGCUGAUAUUUUACAACGUCAACGAUUUAUCAUGAAUAUGUGUCGAGCAUUGAUGUUAUUUGGAGCUCCUACUCAUAGAUUGGAAGAAUAUAUGAUUAUGACUUCAAGAGUAUUGGAAAUUGAUGGACAAUUUAUUUAUUUCCCUGGUUGUAUGUUGGUUUCAUUUGGUGAUGCAGCAACAAGAACUUCUGAAGUUCAUUUAGUUAGAUGUGCUCAAGGAUUAAAUUUAUCAAAGCUUGCUGAUACUCAUAAGAUUUAUAAAUCGGUUAUUCAUGAUUUAAUCGGUGUUGAAGAAGCUGCACAGAAAAUUGAUGAUUUAUUAAAAAGUAAAAAUAGAUAUCCUGCCUGGUUGUGUGUUUUAUUUUAUGGAUUAGGAUCUGGAGCAGUUACAGUUUGGGCAUUUGAUGGAGGAUGGUUAGAUAUUCCAAUUUGUUUUGGUAUUGGAUUAUGUGUUGGAUAUUUAUUAUAUUAUGUUUCACCAAUGUCAACAUUAUAUUCAUCAAUUUUUGAAGUUUCUUCAGCUAUUGUUGUUUCAUUUAUUGGAAGAGGUAUUGCUUCAGUUCGUGUUAAUAGUGAUUUGUUUUGUUUUUCAGCUAUAACUCAAGGUUCAUUGGCAAUUAUAUUGCCAGGUUAUAUUAUUCUUUGUGGAUCAUUAGAAUUACAAUCAAGAAAUCUUGUUGCUGGAGCCGUUAGAAUGUUUUAUGCUAUUAUUUAUUCAUUAUUUUUAGGUUUUGGUAUUACUUUAGGUGCUGCAUUAUAUGGAUGGAUAGAUCAUAAUGCAACUUCGGAUAAUUCCUGUGAAUCUGGUCACAAUAUUAAUGAUAAAUGGAGAAUAUUAUUUGUUCCAUUAUAUGCAUCAUUAUUAGGAUUAUUAAAUCAAGCAAGAUGGACAGAAUUACCAAUAAUGGUUUUAAUUGCUGGGAUUGGUUAUAUUGGAACUUAUUUUGCUGGGAAACAUUUUUCUCAAGUUACUGAAUUUACUGCAUGUAUUGGAGCAUUUAUUAUUGGAGUUUUAGGUAAUAUGUAUUCAAGAAUUUGGAAAGGUAUGGCAGUUAGUGCAAUGUUGCCAGCAAUUUUUGUACAAGUUCCUUCAGGUAUUGCAUCAAAAAGUACAUUAAUUUCAGGUUUACAAACUGCUGAUCAAAUUACUAAUAAAAAUGGUACUACUACUACUGUUAGUGAUAGUUUAAGUGAUGGUAGUUCAUUAAGUUUUGGUGCUUCAAUGGUUGAAGUUUCCAUUGGUAUUAGUGUUGGUUUAUUUGCUGCUGCUAUUGUAGUUUAUCCAUUUGGUAAAAGAAGAACUGGGUUAUUCGCUUUAUAG